AUGCCUUCGAUGAAAGUGGAGGGCGAUAGUGACGGAGAUGGAGAUAUGUCCGGUGGAGAAACUGAAAGGUCUGGUGGAUCUUCUAGGGGUCCGGACCGCGACUCCAGCGCGGAAGAGGCUGAUGAACCGGACUCUGACGACUCCUCGGAAAUGGAUGAAAGUGAAUGUGAGCGACGUCGUAAUGAGUGCCUCGAUAACUUGGCAAACCUCGAACGACAGUUCACCGUGCUCCGAGAGCAGCUGUACAACGAGCGAGUGAAACAUGUGGAGUACCAGCUUGCGGAGGUUCGAGGUGGACGAUCGCAGGAGUACCUUGGUCCGUUGCGAAGGUUGCAAGAGAAUAUGCGUGUGAGGAUUGAAGUGGCGGGCAUCCUGAAGCAAAUGCGUAUAGAAAAUAUAAAGCAUAUCUACGAAGCCGAGGAGCAAGCCGCUCACCAGCAUUUCAAGGCUCCCACGUUUCAAACCAGGAUAAUGCAGAGCCCCGAAGGGCCUUACCGGCUUUUGCAACCUUCUCAAAGCUGCUCCAAAUUUAACUCGUCUCCCAACUUAUCGAAGCUUUCGCACCAGGCAGCUGAUCCGUCGUUGCUUUUGUCCUGGUUGAAAAUUGGCACCGCUACGUCGUCAUGCCGCUUAUUUGAAAGUAUUGCAUAUUGGAUGGUUUCCAACAGCGCUUUCACCAACUCCACAUCCAUAUUGAAAUAG